GCCGGCGGAUCAUGAGUAAUCUUCGUAAAGACUACUUAUGCCCCCUGGGAUUUCAUCGUCAAAGGCACGUUGGCUUUCGGACACUGGUUGUCAGAGCGACCCAGUUUUCGCUGAGCCCGCCCUGAUCGCGCGAUGCUGGCGAUGCCGGUGCCAGGCGUCGUGGACUCGUCAGAUGUCUUUGGCGAGCCAGACGAGUACAAGCCAAAUGUUAGAUCUUUGGUUCUGUCAUCCAGUCUGUCAAUGAGGAUGGGGGCCCCUGACGAGUUAGACGAGCAGAAGUCGAAUCCUGAUGUCAGGUCGGAGUCGAGGUCUCCGUCAGCGGAACGGAGGAAGAAGUCCAAGAUGUCCGUCUUCACUGCAAUGACGGUCAGAAAAAGUUUGAGCCGCAUGUCGCCCAAACAGAAAAGUCUAGUCGAGGAAGACAAGAAGCAAAUGCGUGCAAAUCUUUCAGCAAGCUUGCAUAAGGAGGUUUACGAUGUAUCUCGGUACUACUGGAGCGUGACCGACCCAGGGUAUAGAGGUUUUGCUUCGUCUUUUGCGCAGAAUCAUAUCUUCGAGAAGAUUACGCUAGCAGUGAUCAGCGUCAAUGCUCUCUGGAUCUCAUACGACACGGAUGCCAAUCCUGCGGAGACAUUGUCCGAUGCUGACAUUCAAUUCCAGAUAGCUGAGCAUGUGUUCUGUGUGUUUUUCAGCUUCGAAUGGCUAGUACGGUUCACCGCAUUCAAACAGAAGAGCAAUUGCUUGAGAGACGGUUGGUUCGUCUUCGAUUCUUUCUUGGUUAGCACUAUGGUGGCAGAAACUUGGGUAUUGGUGCUCAUACUCGAGCUGAUGGGUCAGGACAGGUCAGGUGGAAAUCCUCUAGGCAAUUCGGCGCUUCUCCGAAUGGCCCGUCUUCUGCGAUUGAGCCGGAUAUCCGGGUUUCGGAUGGGCCGUUUGUUACGGGCAAUACCCGAAUUGUUGAUCCAGUUGAAGGGCUUGUUUGCUGCGAUGCGCUCGGUCCUCGUGACACUCUCUCUGCUUGUCAUUGUGAUAUACAUUUUCGCGAUUCUGAUAAAGCAGACGAUGGAGGAAAGUGCAGUGCAGCAGAAACACUUUGACAGCGUGCCCAAAUGCAUGUAUUCAUUGUUACUGUAUGCUACCUUCAUGGACAACCUGAAAUAUCCAGACUCGCUGCCGCGCGUUCCCGCCACUGCUUGCUGAAGCAUCUGCAUGCCCUCGGGGGUAUUGAGAUGCUCAUCGUUGUAUUUGGGGAUCUUCUAGCUAUUGGCAGGAUUGGCCGAUGGUAAGAUGAGACUGAAAAUGUUUGACCAGCUCAUCAUAAAGAUUGCGGCUCUCAAGCGAAGUUGUCCCUUCGAAAAAGAUCAUUCCCGGGGCUGUGGGGGCUUGUUGUUGCUGCGCAGGCAUAAUUCGGG